ACCUCUUAUUGAUAAAAGACAUUCUUAAACACUAACUUUUUAUUCAUCAUGCCUUCGGUCUACUCUAGCCCAUUUCACCAAAUGGAUAACCCGGCCUUAUUUUCGUUACUACAACACACAACACGUAGUGAAAAAAGGUCCAAAAGUAGUAGUGGCACAGGAGGAGGGAUCUUUCGCAUGUUCAAGCUUCUUCCAAUGCUAACAUCUGGUUGCAAAAUGGUGGCAUUGUUAGGGCGGCCCAGAAGGCCGCUCCUAACAGAUCAUGCCACCACUGGAACAUUAUUUGGCCACCGAAGAGGGCGUGUGAGUUUAGCCAUCCAAGAGGACCCACACCGCCCCCCGGUUUUUGUCAUUGAGCUUCCUAUGAGCUCAAGUGCGUUUCAAAAAGAAAUGGCGUCGGAUAUAGUUAGGUUAUCACUAGAAAGCGAGACAAGAAGUCAUAAAAAGAAGGUGUUGGAAGAGUUUGUGUGGGCGGUUUAUUGUAAUGGAAAGAAAUACGGGUACUCGAUAAGAAGGAAGCAAAUGACGGAUGACGAGCUACACGUUAUGCAAUCGUUACGAGGGGUAUCAAUGGGAGCAGGGGUUCUUCCGGGGCUAUCUGAAAAGGAUUCGGCUUUUGAUGGAGAGCUAACUUAUAUGAGAGCAAGGUUUGAAAGAGUGGCUGGAAGUAAGGAUUCUGAAUCUUUUCAUAUGAUCAAUCCUGAAGGUGCUGAAAAUGACCAGGAAUUGAGCAUUUUCUUUGUAAGAGUACAUUGAUCGAUAACAAGGAAAGAGAUUGGGAAAGAAAAAAAAAAUGUAUAUUAGGGAUUUAUAUAUAAGCUAGUUUACAUACAUAUAUAUUAACGGGUGGAUUUGAGUGGCGACAUCUUAUUUAUAUUGUUUUCAUCCCAAGAUAUAUUAGACAUUUUAUAGUACUUGUGCAAAUAUUUUUGGCUACGAUUUAUAUAAGAUCACAGCUUUUUUUUUAA